UCUGUUUUGGCGGCUCUUCCCAUUCCUGCAGCACCAUGCGGCUCGCUGUAGUCAUUGUCGUCUGCUCUCUGUUCCUGGGAGUCAGUGGUGACAGCUGGUAUUCAUUCUUCAAGGAAGCUGUGCAAGGAACUUGGGACUUGUGGAGAGCCUAUCGGGACAAUCUAGAAGCCGGCCACCAAAAUUCAGACAGAUACUUCUAUGCUCGUGGGAACUUCGAGGCCCAACAAAGGGGAUCUGGGGGCAUCUGGGCGGCUAAAAUAAUCAGCACGGGCAGGAAAUACUUUCAGGGCCUCCUAAACCGCUAUUAUUUUGGAAUCACGGACCACGGCCUGGAGCACCUGGAGUCUGCCCGGAAAGCGGAGGAGUGGGGCCGCAGUGGCAAAGACCCUAAUCACUUCAGACCUGAGGGCCUUCCGGAAAAGUUCUGAGCCAGGCAC